UAAAUACCCUUGCCGUGCCAGGUAAGUAAGGGUGUUUUUCCACUACUGAAGGUAAAAUUCUCCCCGGCUGGGCGACAGGAAUCUCUCGUUUCCAGCACAGGAAUUCAGAAAGUGAGCUUGACCCACCUCGUCUUGAAGCAAAAGGGCUCUUCAGUCUACUUUGAAAGAGACACCCCAGAGUAAAGGCUCAACCAACUCUGCUGUCCAGUGUUCCUGUUCACAGAGUUGCAUGCUCACCUAUGCUGCAUUAGGGAAUCGCCAAGAUGCCAAAGCAGGUAAACGGCCAAAAAGACGACUCUGUCCUUCAGAGUGACCUCAGCAACUCAUUUGAAGAAGAAGUUAGAGCUUUUCUCAGUGAUGAAGAGAAACUGCAUCUUUUUGACGACCUAACAAAAGUAAAUCCGGUGACAAGUACAACAGUUCUGAAAUGUCUUCAAGCAAGAUAUGCAGUAAACUUGUUUUAUACAAAUGCUGGCUGCAGCCUUGUGGCUUUAAAUCCAUUUCAGUCUAUCUCCUGCCUCUAUUCACCUGAGCUUAUGAGAGAGUAUCAUGUCGCGCUUCGCCCUCAGGAUUUAAAACCUCACAUAUUUGCAGUGGCUGAGCAAACCUACAGAAAUGUCCAAAGCCAGAUAGAUCCCAUAAACCAGUCUAUAAUUGUUAGCGGAGAAAGUGGUGCUGGGAAGACCUGGACAUCUCGCUGCCUUAUGAAAUUUUAUGCUACUGUUGCUGCUUCAGUUACUUCCCCAAACGGCAAUGAAAUGGUGGAAAGGAUAGAGAAGAGAGUUUUGGAUUCCAACCCUGUCAUGGAAGCAUUUGGAAAUGCAUGUACCCUGAGGAAUAACAACAGUAGCCGUUUUGGAAAAUAUAUCCAGCUUCAAUUAGACAGAUUCCACCAUCUGAGUAGUGCUUCCAUUCAGACAUUCCUUUUGGAGAAGACCAGAGUUGCCUAUCAGGCCCCCAGUGAAAGAAACUUUCAUAUUUUUUAUCAGAUCACAAAAGGUGCCACUGCAGAAGAGAGGUUGGAAUGGAACCUUCCUGAAGGGGCUGACUACCGCUGGCUGCCAAAUUCUGAAAAAAACUUAGAUGAGGACUGCUUCAAGGUGACCAGAGAUGCAAUGUUUCACUUGGGCAUUGAUCACUCCACACAGAACAAUGUUUUCAAGGUAUUGUCAGGCCUUCUCCAUCUUGGGAACGUUCAAUUCUCUAAUUCAGUGGAUGAAUCUCAGCCUUGUGAACUAGAAAACAAAGCCAAAGAUUUUGUGAAGACCACUGGAGAUUUACUGAAGAUACCCAUGGAGGAGCUGCUAGAAGCAUUAAGAAUUCGAACAAUAACUGCUGGAAAACAACAACAAGUCUUCAAGAAGCCAUGCUCCAGAGCUGAAUGUGAGACUAGGAGGGACUGCCUGGCCAAAGUGAUCUAUGCUAAAUUGUUUGAAUGGCUUGUUUUGGUCAUCAACGAAAGCAUCUAUGCAGAUCCAUUGGCGUGGACCAACUUCAUAGGUUUGCUGGAUGUUUAUGGUUUUGAAUCUUUCCCUGAAAACAACUUGGAACAGCUUUGUAUUAAUUAUGCCAAUGAGAAACUACAGCAGCACUUUGUAGCACACUAUCUGAAGGCACAACAGGAGGAAUAUGCAGCUGAAGGUCUAGAAUGGUCUUUCGUAAAUUACCAGGACAACCAGCACUGCCUUGAUCUGAUAGAGGGCAGUCCUCUCAGCAUUUUUUCUUUGCUGAAUGAGGAGUGUCGUCUGAAUAGAUCCUCUAACAUUGACCUAUUUCAAACUCGGAUUGAGAAAGCCUUGUCUAAUAACCAAUGUUUAAGUCAAAACAAGUUUAGCAAGAAGCCUAAUUUUAUUAUUUCACACUAUGCUGGCAAAGUCUGCUAUCAGCUGGCAGCAAUGGCAGAGAAAAAUAAGGACCCCAUUCCACCAGAGCUCGUCCAUGUUUUGCAGAAUUCUCAGGACCCUUUGCUUCAAAAAUUAUUUCCUGUGACAGAAAGCAAUGAAAAUAACCUCAAAACCCAGAACAGGGCAGCUGUUGUUACAGUGGUGUCAAAGUUCAAGGGUUCGCUUGAACAUCUCAUGCAGAUCUUGAACAGCACUGCACCUCAUUAUAUCAGAUGUAUCAAGCCUAAUGCUGACUGCAGGGCAAUGACUUUUAAAAGAGAAGAGGUUCUCAGCCAGCUUCAGGCAUGUGGAAUAGUAGAAGCCAUCACCAUCAGUGCAGCUGGCUUCCCUAUUAGGGUCUCCUUCCAAAGUUUCAUUGAGCGCUACGAAAUACUGAGAAAAUCACGUGGGUCCAGUAAAAACAGUGUGUGCGAUAAAAGCAGCUAUCAUACUGCCAAGAAAAAAGCUUACUCGGAUUCUGCUGCUAUUCUUCUGCUUCUUUUACCUUUUGCAAACUUCUGUAUGAGAUUCUUUUUCCAAAGCAAGAGUGAGGAUGGACUUUAAAAAAAAAUGUAAUCCAUUCUACAAGGUAACAUCUUUGGCAUGAACCCCUGAAAGAAGGAGCUCAAGUGUUUACAUUUAAUAUUGAAAGUUACUGCAACUCACCUUGUCUCCCCUACUUUAACCCCGUCUUCACCUAAUAGGUUUAUUCAGUAACCCGUGAGUGUGGGAGGCAGGUAUUAGACUAUUUCAGAUAUGUGGGUGGAAAUCUAUUCACCUUGAGGAAGUAUUGCUUGCUCACUACUUUGAAUCAGGGGAGUGGAAUGACGUAACCAAGCAUAGGCUGGAAAAUUACUUUCACACCAUAUCUUUCUCCCUCAAUUAUAAACCCAUUAGCUGAAACGCCCCAUUGUGAUAGGUUACUAGUCCUUUUUAUCUUUAUCAGGUAAUAAGCUACAAAUAUACAAAACAAUUUCCUAGACAUAUGGAUAAGCUUUUUGUUCCAAGUAGCAGCCCCAUGAACACUAUCACAGUCACCAGUUGUUUUUGUGUAAGCAACAAUUGUUUAUAUUUGUUUUCAGUGCCUUAAAAUGCUCUCAUCUCCUUAGAAGUAUUUAUAGCAGAAAAGCAAACAGUAUCAAGGAUGGAAAGAUACAAAGACCAUCAAGUUCCUGCACUGGGCAUGCAGAAUACUCAUGCAGCAUUGCCUUGAACACCAUAAUCUCUUUGAAGGACAGGUCUGAAUUAUGUCUGCCUCUAUUUCCAAGUAGGUUAAUCUGUCUAACCUGCUUGUCUCAUAAUGCACAAAAAAUUGUAUAUUUUCCAGAAAUGGUUUUAAUAACCCCUGGUUGCUAUAGUAAACUCCUGCUUAGUACAUCUCCUUGAUUCCUUUAGCUGCUUCUGGCACCGUGUGAAAGCUUUGGAACUGUGGCUGCAUUCCUUCCUUUUCUAUUCCUGUAUUUUACAGUACAUGAAAGCGUGAGUCUAGUUCCCGUACUUUUUUGCUCUUUGUUCCCAAUAGCUUUGAGUCUUGGGUAUUUCAUUAGAUUUCCUUAGGACUGAGCUACUCAAGUGUAUUCUUAAUUGCUCUGCUGUUGCUUUCUAAUGUUUCCACAUAGGAUGCUUUAAACAAUGCAAGAACAGUUGAGCCCUCCUUAUGUCUGUUUCAUUGUCUGCAUCUGCCCAAAAGGUGAUUUCUUAUCCAUGCUGCUCUGAAUAUGCUAGAAUAGAGGUGGUAAGACAACGUAGGUUAGCAACCAAACUACGUCCUAUUUAAACACAUUAGGCUGGUUUUCUAGUUGUUAGCGCAUGGUGAAAUCCUCGCUGUUACAUUUUUUUCCAUUAAACAUAGCUAGAACUAGCAUAGUAAUAUCUCAGCCACCACCCCCUCCCCUCCUUGUAGGUGUAUACUCCCUAAAUGGCCAAGAAGUCUCCACAUAAAGACAGUUAUUUGAUCCUAAUUUCCAAGUUCUGUGAUACCUUCUCUUCACUGCUUCAUUUGCAGGUGAGACUCCGGAAGUGGAUGAUGACAAACCAUCAUGUUCUGUUAUUUACGACAUCCUUCAGAAUGUGGUUAUGGAGCAAACUACCACUGAGC